AUGUUUUCAAAAUUCGAAAAUAUAAUUAGGAGUAGAAAAAGGAUACGAAUUCCAGCUCAAGAACUUUACAGUUUCGAGAGUCUUCUACUGUUUGAUCAUAUAUUUUUUGCAGAAGAGCGUGAAGUAUGGAAAGAAGAAUGUUACAUCUGUUGCGAUCCUCUAGAAGAAUUGUCGGAUGCGGUCUACCUACGUUUAUGCCGUCAUAAAUUCCAUCUCCAUUGUCUGAGGAAAUUAUUUCAAAGUGCACAUGAACUUCGUUGUCCACUUUGCAUGAAGCAUUAUGAACAUCUGUACCCUGCUGGCGCUGAGUUCAAAAGUGGCGUUCUAGAUGUCGAGGUUUACAGAGGAGAGGUUAAAAUGACGUUUCAGGUUGAAGAUUAUCACUGUCUGAUCAGUUUGGACGACAAUAAAGAAAACAAAUUUAUCAUGAAGCUUUUAAUUAAAGCGUGGCUGAGAUAUUUAUUGAAUAAAGAUAUCUUGCAGUCAUUUGUCGCAUGUAGUCGGGAUGAACUAAUCGACUUCAUUAAGAGCACACUGCAAGGUACGAACGUCAUCGCUAACGAGGUUAACGAAAAUUUGGAUUUUUACAGUUUCAUUCCGGAAGUUGAUGAAGAAGAGGAAGAGGAGGAUGACUACUUUGACAACGACGACGGCGGAUUUGAACCAUGGGACAACGAAAUCCCUGUGAACGUAAACCCUGAAAAGGAAGGCGAUCCAAUCGUAAUUGGAGAUUGGAGCGAUGCUGGAUACAUUUAUAUUCCGACCAGAUUUUAA